AGUUGUUUAUGUGCCAUGUCAGCAGUUGGUUCCUAGAACGGUUCUAUGUCAGCGUAUAAUAGCAGCGGUAGUGUGGAUUGCGGUUGCAACACAUUAUUAAUCUUCAUAAAUCCAGAACAAAUAACUCUGUGACAAUGACUAUGCACAUGAAAAAAAAUUUAACACGGAUUACCGCAGACACUGUCUACAUGUUGUCUCCAUUGGAGUUCAUUGUCUAACAAAGUGCUCAAAAAAUUUACACAGGAAUGAAGAACCACGUUUGGAAACUUAACGUACAACAUGUUACCUGUAACACACAAGGAUGCUUCCAGAUCUCUGGGAUCCCGACUGAAAGAGAAGGUCAGCGGAUGGGCAAGGCUGAUAUUUUCAGACCGUAACUCAAGAAAUCUUUUUCUCUUUUUGUUGCUAAAUCUUUCAUUUGCAUUCGUGGAAUUAGCUUACGGAAUAUGGACCAACAGUUUAGGUCUCAUAUCGGAUUCGUUUCACAUGUUUUUUGACUGCACAGGCCUUCUAGCAGGUCUUGCUGCUUCAGUAAUUACGAGGUGGCGAGCAAAUGAUAAAUUUUCCUAUGGUUAUGUAAGAGCAGAAGUUUUGGCUGGCUUUGUGAAUGGCUUGUUUUUGCUCUUCAUUGCAUUCUUUAUUAUGUCAGAAGCUGUUGAGAGAGCAAUUGAACCGCCAGAAGUGAAGCAUGAAAGGCUAUUUGUAGUAUCUGUUCUGGGACUUGUUGUCAAUCUUGUUGGGAUUUAUGCAUUCCAACAUGGUCAUGGGCAUUCUCAUGGAGGCAGUAGUGGCCAUGGACAUUCCCAUGGCAAUCAUGGCCAUACACAUUCUCAUUCUCAUGGAAGUCAUUCACAUAGUCAUGACCCUGAGUUGAGUGGCAGCAAUUCUCAAAUAAUGAAAGGAGUAUUUUUGCAUAUUUUAGCUGAUACUUUAGGGAGUGUUGGAGUAAUUAUAUCGGCCAUCCUGAUGCAGAUGUUUGGAUGGAUGAUAGCUGAUCCUAUAUGUUCGAUGUUCAUAGCCAUUCUAAUUGCAUUAAGUGUUUUGGCACUGAUAAAGGAUAAUGUGUUAAUAUUAAUGCAGAGACAGCCAGUAGCUUUGGAUCAUGUACUUCCUCAGUGUUAUCAGAAAGUCAGUCAAUUGGCUGGAGUUUACAGUGUGCAAGAACCACAUUUUUGGACGUUGUGCAGUGAUGUUUAUGUAGGUGCUUUGAAACUGGAAGUUUCUAAGGCAGCAGAUCCAAAAUAUAUUGUGAGCCACACACACAUGAUAUUUGCAUCUGUUGGUGUCAGGCAGUUGUAUGUACAAUUGGACUAUGCUUCUAUGUGAUUCAGACAAUGUAAGAAUUGUGUAGGUACCAUGUGGUUGUUUCGUUAAUGGUUGUACUGUUGGUUAUGUUCCAGUUGGAAGGCAGUUGAAGAGCCUUGCAACUGAUACAAAUUUUAUUUGUUGACAGUAUUAUUGUUGUGUAGGUAUAUUUUAUUCUUUAAAAAUGAUCCCAUAAUUUAAUGCCUACACUUGCGUUUAAAAUCACUGAUUACCUGUUUGUAUAAACAGAAUGUUUUGUUCUGAUAAUAUUAGUAGAGAUACUCCGUGAAAUUUUUAUAAUGAGAGAAUGAAGAAGGCUGAUGAAAAUAGUGCCUCUUGUUGACUAAAUUGAUAGCUGUAGCAUUCAACAUAGAUAUUGCACAAAUACUGUGCUAUCUGUGAACUGUGAUUGAAUCGUCUGUAUUCCACCUGGAGAUACUAUAACUUACACUUAAAAAUUUAUGAUAUUAGAUGAUGUAUUUUGCUGUUAAUUGUUAAGCUCUUGAACAAGAUGAGCUUUAAUAAGUUUCUCCUGUCAGUUUGUGCAUUCCAAGUGGAAAAUUGCAGCUGUGUUGCGAGCAAAAAGCUGUGAAAUAAACUGUGUUGUUUGUGAAUUUAUAUUGUCACCUUUGUUGUUCAGUAACAUUGUCUUCCUCUCUCUUUCAAAUAAUUGUGCUGAAACUUUUAAUUUCUGGUACUUGUAAAGUCUCUCUCUCUCUCUCUCUCUCUCUCUCUCUCUCUCUCUCUCGUUUGAUAUAUUUUCUUGUAAUCUCAGUUGUGACUGAUUCACUGUAAGAUAAAAAAAAAAGCCUAUCUGGUAGUGAAAUAGAUUUUUCUGGUGUAACUUAAUCAUGUCAUUGUUAAAUGGGUUGACUUAAAUGAGCAUGUUAAAGCAUUGCACACACAACACAAAUGUGUGACUGUUAAUAAAAAGGCAAUAUGAUGUAAAGGAUAGUUACUACUCACACUAUAGCGGAGAUGCAGAGUCUCAGAAAGGCACAACAAAAAAACUGUCGGAAACUUAGCUUUCAGGCAACAAGGCCUUUGUCGAAAGUAGACAGCUUAUACACACUUAUACACACAGUCACACGAAUGCAACUCAUGCCCACAUGACCACAGUCUCUGGCAGUUAGAACCAGACUGCGAGCAGUGGGGCUUUAUGGGAGAGGCAACUGGGUGGGGUAAGGAGGAGGCUUGAGAGGAGAGGGGUAGGGAUAACAGGGUAGGGCGUGCUUUUGACAAGGAAAUUGUUGGCUGAAACAUACCUUUCCGUCAGUCUUUUUGUUGUGCCUUUCUACAUUUCAGCAUUUCCACCAUAUGGCGAGUAACAACUAUCCUUUUCAUUAUAUUGUUACAUUCCAUUCUAGAUUUUCCAUUGUUUGAUUUUGUUAAUAAAAAGAAAUAUUUAUAUAGCACUGUUUUGUUUGUUUUCUCUACUUGUUUUUCACUAUAUUAAGAUCAAUUGCAUUAUGGUUUGAUUGGGACCAUCUUUGUAGACCAUUAAUUAGCAGUGUGUUUGGUGGGAUGAUGUGAGUUUUGAAUUUAAAGUUCAGUUCUUAUUUUUUACUUCAUUUCUUGUAAAUAAGUUGAAUAUGCAAUACUUCGGCAUUUGUUAAGUUUUGGGCACUUAAAGGAUUUCCAUCUCGCCAUCUUUAAUGGUCACGGAACAUAGCAUAUUCCAAUAUUAAUUUUCAUUUUAAAUUGCUGCCCGCUGGCCUAUUGGGUGCCAGGAAAGAGAGGUGUAGGGGAAACAGUCCCAUCUUUCUCACAGAACAACAUUGUAUUCAGUGUCCACUGCAGUGCAGUGGCAUGUUGUUUUAUUCAGUAGCUAAGGUUGCCAGAAGGCAGUAACAUUCCUUGCCGGCCUGAAAUUAUGUGACUUCUGCCAUUUCAUACUGCCCAGAAAAGUGCCAAGCUAAAUUGUGCAUAACAUAAGUAAAAUUUAUACCAACUAAUCUGUAAACAAAUGUAUUCAUUGUGACAGUAAUGAAUGUAGUUUAAUAUUUUGUCAUGUUUACAAUAAUUAAAACAGUAUAAUAGAUUUUUAAAAUUUUGGGAUAAAAUUAAUUUAGUUAUAUCAGCCGUGAAAGUAAACAUUACUUCCGUAACAGCAGAAGCAAAAUGUGACCAGUAA